CGCCCCUUCGUGGCGAAGCUUUUCCGCCAAGAUGGUUGUUGGUGCCUUCCCUAUCGCCAAGCUCCUCUACCUGGGAGUGAGGCAGCUGAGCAAGCCUGUGGCGAACCGGAUAAAAGCUGGAGCCCGGAGGAGCGAGUUCUUUAAAACUUAUAUCUGCCUGCCGCCGGCACAGCUUUAUCACUGGAUCGAGAUGAGAACAAAGAUGCGGAUCAUGGGCUUCAAGGGUGCCACCAUCAAGCCGCUGAACGAGGAAGCGGCAGCGGAGUUGGGAGCGGAGCUGCUGGGAGAGGCCAUCGUUUUCCUCAUCGGUGGUGGAUGUAUGGUGCUGGAGUACAGCAGGCAGGCGGCCAACUCUCGCCGCAAGGAGGAGGAGCUAAACGAGACCAUCAUAGACCUACAGACUCAAAUAGCAGAGUUGUCACUAACCACAGAGACGCUGGACGCUCAGCUGAGAGAAGUCAACAGGCUGCUGCAUUCACUGCCUGCUCCCAACACAAAGUGACUCAUUUAGUGCAGCGCUGCGUAUCGUUGGUCUGUGCGUGGCACCAAAACGACGCUGUUGUGUGCACUUCUUGAGUCACCUUCCUGCACACACCGCUGCCAGGACCCGGUUCAGAUCUGCGGCUUCGGCUGCUGUAUUUGCUCAUGUUUUGAGCAGCUGGUUGUAAAAUAGGAUCACUAUGAUAUUCAUAGUGAAUUUCUGUGGUUGGCGUCGCAGGUUUGUUUUAAAUAACACAAACUGUACCAAGAAACAGUGACCUUAAUGUUAAUUUAUUUUAUAGCAGCUUGA